CAUAUUUCGAGUUACCUCCUUUUUGAAGAGUUUUGUUUACGUGUACACCGGAAAAGAAAGCGCGGGAGAAAAUGGAAAUAUAUGAACAGGAAAAACGGUGUCUUACUGAGAUAGAUGCUGUUUUAGAUUUUGCAAAGCUAACCCGUGAUGAGAUCAAACCAAAAACUCAGAGCAUAUACUUCUCCCAUCAAUUAGACAGUGAUGGCAUCAAGCUACUAGAAUUGGACAAAACAGUCGUGCAGGCCUUGGAAAAUGGGAAAAAGGUGGUUAUACGAGGAGAUAAGGAAGACAGCGCAGUGUUAUGUACAGAUGAACAUACAUAUGACAUCAAGGAGGGAGAAGUUUCUAAUGCAAUGUUAUUACUAACUGAUCUCACUCUUGGCAAUGAUCUGGAGGCCGCUGGUGAUCCUCAGGUUGAAUAUAGAGAGGUAAAUACAGUAAUCCACACAUUUUAUGAGCUGCGUCCUUGUAAGCCACGGUUAGCGAAGCUACGUACAAUGUUGCAGGAGAAUCAGUACAGCGGGCAGGCUUGUGAAGAGGACGAGGAUCAUCAAGGCAAAAAGUACACAUUCAAUGAAAUCUUGGAUCUGGUUCAAGGAAGUGAGACAGAAAUACUGAAAGCUUUAGACAAGAUGCAAGCACUUGUAAUUGAUGGUUUCUGGAGAGUGCUUGAUUUUGACUUCCUUGUCCAAGUGAUGACCCACCUGUUACAGUUGUGUGAUGAAAAUGAUUGGACACAAUCUGGUAUUCCCAUUGAAGAAUGUGUCUUUGUUUUACAAGAAUUAUUUCCAAGGAAUGUGAUAGGUCAUGUUCUGAAGAACUUUUCCAAGAAAAUAUCACCAAAAACUGAUGAUGAUGAUGAUGAAAACAGAAUGCAAAUAGAUAUUGACUACUACAGACUGGAUGAAGAUAAAGUUUGUAGAUUCUUCGCUGAGCAGAUCCUCAAACAUGCUAGAAAGUUUAACUUGAACCAGUUUCUAUCAACAUGGGAGAAGAGUGUACCAGAAGGAAUGAAAACAAAUCUGUUCCAGUUAGAAGGCAUGGCUUUAAUAGACAGAGAAAGUACACCAGAGGUGAUAUCAUAUUUAUCAGUAGAUAAUUUACCUGAGGAUAUUGCUGAAAGAUUUGAUGCCUUAUUUAGGACAAAAGAUAAAUGGAGGUUAGAAGAAAUUACUCCUUAUAUCAAGGACCUUGAGACAGACAAAAUGAAUAUUACCGCUAUGUUGACCAAAUUUGCACGAGCAUCUACAACCAAUGGAGUCAAAAUGUACAACUCAAGGAAACCCCUUACUUGACAGUGAAUUGUAUAUAUAAAAUGCAAUAAAGUUUUAAUACAUA